UAAGGACCGGAUUUACCGGCUCCGGACGAGCAUUAAACCCGACGGGAGGCUUGCUUUGCUGAACCAUUCCAAGUGUCCCAAAUCCUCCGAAAUGUUGCGGUUCUUUCUCCGAGCAGCAGUUUCAUCGCUGCCAGUGGCGAAACCGCAAGCCGCCGUCUCCGACGUGCUGAUACCUCUACAACUUUUCUCUUCUCGAGCUUUUUCUGCAUCAGCCGCAAAGCAAACCUUACCAAAGGGGAAUAGAGCAACCUCGAAGGCAAUUGAAGUCCCUGGGGGAUCCUUAGAGGCCGUAACCAUCAACCGCCUCAAUGACGGGGCUCGCAUGCGCGCUCUUGCAGAAGACGAAAAAAAUUCAUCUCUUGAUGUUGGUCCGAAUCUCCAGCCGCUCUUCACGCCCGCCAACUCUCUCUCCGAGCUUAGCAAAAAAGAUACUUGCACUUACAUGAAAUUCAGUAUAGAGGAAUUGGAAGCGGUGUUGCCUGAAGGGUUGCCCAUGGGAAUGCUGAAAGAAUUUGAGGAUUCUAAGAGAAAUGCAUUGCUCAUACGGCAGAGCUUUCUGGAUCUUCGAGAUAAUUUCAGGCGGAUUGCUGAUCCUACUAUACAGAAUAAUGUCAAAGGUUCCAAACCUCGGAAACAGAUUGUAUUAGAUGGCCCUGUUAGCUGUGGAAAAAGUAUUGCUCUUGCAAUGCUUGUUCACUGGGCACGUGAAGAAGGAUGGUUGGUCUUCUAUGUCCCAAGAGGUCGAGAAUGGACUCAUGGAGGAUUUUUCUAUAAAAGUCUUACAAGUGCUCUAUGGGAUACUCCUGUUCAGGCAGCAAAUAUUCUCCAGGACUUUUUAAAGUAUAAUGAACGACAUUUGAAAAAAUUGCCAUGCAAAAUAUUUGAUCCAGUUUCCUUGGGAGAAGGUGUGGGCGUUGGACCGCCGAAAGGUGACAUGACAAUGGAAAUACCUGAGGGUCAGAGUCUAUUUGAUCUGGUUGAGAGAGGUAUUAGUAACACACAUGCCUCUGUUGGAGUGGUUGAUCGUUUGAGGCAAGAACUGUCUCUUGUGAAAGAUAUGCCUGUUCUUAUUGCAAUUGACCAAUACAAUAGUUGGUUUACAUUCAGUGAGUAUCAGGAACCAGCAAGCGUGCGUUCUUGCAGACCCAUCCAUGCCAAGGAGCUUAAAACAGUCAAUGCAUUCAGAUCGAUGCUUCACGAUGAUAUGAUGAUUGGUGUUUUCUCUCAUUCAACGGCAGUAGGGAAAUUGCGUAAAGACUUACCAAAUGUUCCAGCUGAUGCGCGCUUGAAUUUCCCUCGAUAUACUUUAGAUGAAGCUGCCGCUGUUUGUUAUUACUACCUCAGGCAGAGACUUAUACGUCGUGAGUCAUUCUCAGAAGAAAACUGGAAGAAGAUUUACUACCUAUCCAAUGGAAAUGGAGCUGAGAUGAGAUGGCUAGUACCUUUUAUGAGAUGAUGACUCGUUAUUAUUAAUCGUGAAAGCACACGGCCAAAUAUUUAGUGCGGCUAAUGUAACUUAAUUUUUCAGAUAUAAUUAAUAAAUUAAUGAUGUGUUGCAUUUAGAGUACUGGCUUGAUCUUUUUAAGGUGGGAAUUGCUUGUGCUUUUGUAAAAUGUUCUUCAGUCUGGUGGUAGAUACUUUUACUGCCUUAAGCAUUCAUUAUUGCAAAGUGUUUUUUUUUUGAAAGACAUUAUUGCCAAGUGAGACUACAGGAUGUGUUUUCCAUCCCUGUUGCAUAUUUGCAUGGCCAGAUUUGCAAGUGGGCAUGACAUUCUUUUCUUAUGUUCCA